AUGAUCCAAGAUCAACUCCUUCUCAGCAACUGGCCCGAGGGCACUCUGCCCUUGUGGGCGCUGGACAAAACCUCUGGGCUAGACUGCCUCACUGUCAUCAUCAGGCUCAUCAACUCGCACCUUACAUUGGAAGAAAGAUCAGCCACGCAUCCCGUACGACAAUUGGAGGAACAUAAUCAGCUGUUGCGUCAUGCCUGGUUAGAUUUCUGCCCUGGCGAAAAGGAGAAGCAUGUGAGAGCCAAAGUCAGUGUUUUCGAGGCUUUGUCGUUACGCAAUGGCCCAUCAUUCAAAGAACUGGUCUCCUCAGAAUCCUUGAAUUCGACAAUCUGGGCUAGAUGGGAUCACAACUUCAACUUUUUCCCCAUUGCCUCUGAGUUGGUUUCGGGAAGCCAUCGGACAGCAAGGAGCGCCUAUUUUAGCAUCACAAGAUCGAACACUUCAGCCUCUCUAGAUCUUGGAGCUUUGAUAGAUCAAGAUGUCGACAAAGGAACGCCAACUGAUAGUCUAUGCUACAAUAACCCUGACUUUCUCCGUCUAUAUUAUACCCCUGCAGACGGUGAUGAGGCUGGACUCGAGGAGCUGCAGACUAUGAGCAUCAGGGACAGACGUUCCAUCACCCAACAUUUCGGUGAUCCAGUCAGCCACGGCCGUGUCAGAUACGUGCUUCGAGCAGCAGUCCGUCUUGUACGAAAUACAGGGGCCUCUUGUGAUUGCAUCCAAGUUUUUUCUAAUUCCGGAGAGAACUCGUACCCUGGAUCCUGA